AUGGAAACAAUGCCAUUCAUUCUAGAUACCACUGAUGUUACCAGACCGUCUGUUGACAGCACUCCAGAUACCACGAGACAGAAGACCACUACAGGAGUUGAGGAAACUAAAAUUGUCGCCGACAAUUCCAGCACAAUUCCACCAAGCGAUACACCGAGUUCAACUGAUGACAUAGUUGAUACGACUUACGAAAUCCAAAACAACUCUUUCUCCACCAAAACUUCCACAACUCGGACUCCACUGCACACAGGAAAUCCGAACGUCUGA